ACUCAGUAAAUCAGCUGCAUUCCACAGAUAAUCGGUAAACCUGCCACUUUGCAACUGACAUAUCAAAUAAUCCGCGAAUUUCAUUCGUGAAACAAUAAAAAAAUAAGUAUCCACCACUCGUGAGUCACAUACUCAUCAACUAGCCGACAAAUCUACGAAUAAUAUUCCCAGAAGCCAGACAAAUGUAGACGUGAAUUCCGUGGAAUUUUUCACCUUCACUUUGGGUAAAAAUAAGUGUAUAUAAUUAGCGAUCUCAGGGCGUAUGUCCAAUUGCACGUAGAGGUCAUUCAGCAUCAUGCCUUUAAAUGCAGAUAUAUCAACUGCCCUCCAUUUAUUGGAGCACAUCUACGAUCGAGUGAAGGACAGCGAUGAUCCAAAACUCCAGAUGCACACGAGCACCGACUUGGAAUCUUUAAUUUCCCUUUUAGAGGAUCCGGUGCUUCGAAAUAUAGCUGUAAUCCAGGAUUCCCUGGGCGAAUUGAACAUCCAAUUGACUCAACAUCCCUCCAUCCUUCCUGGGGACUUCGAUAUUAAUCUGAACGGUCAGUUAGAGCUCUCAGUUCCCACAACUCCAACUCAACCAAUCGAAGGUAACAUUUAUCAGGAGUUGUAUCAGGACACUAGUGAGCAAGAUGACCAGAGGGUCCCCGUGGCUCCUCUAGUUCAUAGCAGCAGUGAGGAUACUUCAGCACAGGUCACUAGUCCAAGUCUCGCGUCUGAAGUCAUCGGCAUUCCACCCAUUACAACUCCAACUUAUGCUAAAGAAUUUCAGAAGGUCAUUGAUGCCGCUGCUAAAGGCAGACAUAUUGUUACAGUACAGCUAUAUAAACCAGAAGGUACGAGCCUUGGUUUUAGUGUGGUUGGUUUACGUAGUACCGAUAAAGGAGAACUUGGAAUUUUUCUCCAGGAAAUUCAACCUAAUGGAAUUGCAGGAUGUGAUGGUCGACUAGUCGAGGGUGAUCAAAUAUUGGCGAUCGAUGGACAGCCACUGGAUUCAAAUAUAUCGCACGAGCAGGCAAUUUCAAUCCUCCAAAAGGCCCGGGGAAUCGUCGAAUUAGUUGUUGCUAGAAGUAAUCAAGAUCCAGCGCCACCGCAUGCUGCAUCUGAAACGUCGACCCCUACCCUCAUCGCCAGUGAACCAGACCAAAAACAUCACCAACCAGACAAAGACUGGUCUGCCGCCUCAACCAUACAAUCAUCAAAAUCAAACCAAUCAUCCCACCUUCAGGCACCACCUCCAGAGUCUCUCCCCAUCGAGCGAAGUCCCUCAGCUGUCAGUGACACCUCUAAAACUGGCUCUGACAUGGUUUUGAAUACAGAGUGGGCCCAAGUUGAAGUGAUAAACCUCAUAAACGAUGGAAGUGGUCUGGGUUUCGGUAUUAUUGGUGGUAGGAGCACUGGAGUCGUCGUCAAGACUAUUCUCCCAGGUGGUGUGGCUGAUCGUGACAACAGGCUCCAGAGUGGUGACCACAUUCUUCAAAUCGGCGAUGUUAAUCUACGAGGGAUGGGCUCUGAACAAGUUGCAGCAGUACUUCGACAAUCAGGGACGCACGUUCGUCUUGUGGUGGCUAGACCAGUGGAACCAACGUCUCCAGAUUAUCAGGCCCUAGGCAGUCACGCCCCCAUCGUUCCCACAAAAAUCCUGGGGGAUCCUGAGGAACUUGACAGACACCUUCUGCAUGCAGCACCAGAAACUUACAAUCUUCCACACCUCAGGAAAGACUCUACCACUGAUAAUGGAGGAUUUAAUCAGGAUGGAGACUUGGAAAUACACAGACCCAGUCUCAUCAUGGAUGUCGUGCGCAAUCCCAUGCCAAUUGGGCCAAUUCCUAUAAUUCCUGUCGUUCCAGUAAUUCCGGACCUCCCGGUACUCUCUAUGGAUCCUCUUGAUGUCAGUUCACUCCCUGAAAUGGAGAGAUUCACUGUGGAGCUUAAGAAAGAUAGUUAUGGGCUGGGAAUCACCAUCGCUGGAUACGUUUGUGAGAAAGAAGAACUUUCUGGGAUUUUUGUAAAGAGCAUCAGCAAGGGUAGUGCUGCAGAUCUCAGUGGGAAAAUUCAGAUUAACGACAGAAUCGUUGAAGUCGAUGGUCACUCACUCCAGGGGUACUCAAACCAUGAGGCUGUGGAGGUACUUAGGAGUACUGGACAAAUAGUUAUGCUGUGUUUGGAAAGAUACUUACGUGGACCAAAAUAUGAACAGCUGCAGCAGGCGAUUGCUGCUAGCGAAUUGAGGGUGCCUCAGCCUACUUCGCCCUCUCUCACGAGUUUACCUAGUUUUCCUAUCAGUGCUGAUGGAGACACUAUGACCGAGAUUGAGCCUGAGAAUGAGUCGCACACUACAAUGGACAGUGUGAUAUUACAGGAAAGCGAAAAGUUUGAUGAGGAACCUGAAGAUAUGUCACUCGUGGAGGCUCUAUUGAGCGAUCCAUCUUGUGAGCUCACGCCGCAGAUUCAGGCAGCUAUCAAAGUUAAAUGGCAACGAAUUGUCGGCCCUGACGUUGAGAUUGUAGUGGCUCAAUUGAAAAAAUUCGCGGAAAGUAGUGGCCUCGGUAUAAGUCUAGAGGGAACCGUAGACGUAGAAAACGGACAAGAGGUCAGACCACAUCACUACAUUCGUUCAAUUUUACCAGAAGGCCCUGUGGGACAAAAUGGAAUUCUCAGAUCUGGGGAUGAACUUCUCGAGGUGAAUGGCUAUCGUUUAUUAGGUAUUAAUCACAUGGAAGUUGUGACAGUUUUAAAAGAACUGCCAAUUCACGUGCGAAUGGUGUGCGGAAGAAGUACAUCCUCCCAGGACGCUUUGUGUCCCAUCGACACGGCACAGCAUCAAGCUGCAUUUCAGACUCGAAGUAUUUUGGGCGGGUCCCUACAAAAUUUACUACCAACGAUGGAUCGUCUAGUGAAGGCCAAGUCGGAUGGCUCUCUGGCAUCGACGACAACCACAGCAACUGUCACUGACGCUAGUUUAUCGAAAAUGAAGUCAAGAUCUCUUGAGCCACUGACUGGUCUAGCAAUGUGGAGCUCAGAACCACAAAUUAUUGAGCUUGUUAAAGGGGAAAGAGGCCUUGGAUUCUCUAUUUUAGAUUAUCAGGAUCCAAUGAACCCUAACGAAACUGUGAUAGUGAUACGAUCAUUAGUGCCAGGUGGUGUCGCACAAAUGGACGGACAACUAAUUCCAGGUGAUCGUUUGUUAUUCGUGAAUAAUAUUGUUUUGGAGAAUGCAACUCUCGAUCAAGCUGUCCAAGCGUUAAAGGGUGCACCAAAGGGAACAGUGAGAAUUGGUGUAGCUAAGCCAUUGCCAAUACCCGACAGCAUUGCCCAAGUUGGCAGUACAGAUGUCAGUAAAGAUGACAAUGGUUCGUCAACACUAACUAUUAUAAAUAAUGAUAAACACAGGAGGGAAUAUUUUAGAAAGCGAAAAAUUAAUGUUACACAGCCAUUACACUAUGUUAAUCUUAUUGAGAGUCUAGAGAAUCAACAUAAUCUUGUAAAGUCAGAAAGUUUCUAACUAUCAUUACAAAAAUCGAAAGACAAUUAAAGCACCGAAAAAAGGAAUACGAAUUAAUGAAUCGAUUAUUAGCCAGAAAAAUUAUUUAUUUUCAUUGAAUGAAUAAUUUCCCUUCUAAUCCUAUUUAAAUUAUAUACAAUAAAAUC